AUGUGCAUCCACACCAUAAGCCGCAUCCUCUGUCCCCGCUGCUGCCUCUCCGUCACUCUUACUUUCACCUCCGAAAGCAAGUGUCCCUCGGCCGCCGCCCUCGAUGACGGACGCUACGACACUUCCGUUCCCAAAGAACAUUGUCUAAAGUGGACCAAUAGGGAAAUCAGAAUUUUCGGCCAGGAACCGUGUCAUAAUUGUAAGGACCAGCAAGAGGAGGUGUCGGCGUCGGUGGGGGGAGGUGAGAGGAGUGAGGGAGGUGAGGGGAGUAAGGCGGGUAAGGGUGAUGAUGGGAUUAAGGCGGGUGAGGGGGUGAAAGGGGGAUAG